CCCAGAACUAUAACACCUAUGUUACCUUUUGGAAUGUAACGACACCUUAUUUUUGAUUGGCUAAGUUAUCAGUAUUUUUGGGUCAGCUUUUUUUCUCUCCACUGGACUUAAGCAUUUUAUUCUUAGAAAAGAAUAAAGCAAGAAUAUAUAUUUUUUUGGAGUUGGGUCAAGCGUCGCCGUCGCAGUAGGUUUCAUGGCACGCGUGUGUAGGCAGGUAACCGGGGGCGUGGCAAGCUUUGCAGGCUGGGUAGGCAUUAUCAUUGCCACGGCGACCCACGACUGGGUGCGCACCUGCGAGUACACAGUCACCACCUGCCUGCGCAUGGACGAGCUGGGGACGAGAGGCCUCUGGGCAGAGUGCGUCACCUCCCAGUCACUUUACCACUGCGUCACGCUCAACCAAAUCCUCACACUGCCAGCGUACAUCCAGGCAUGUCGGGCGCUGAUGGUGUGUGCCUGUCUGUUGGGUCUGCCAGCUGUCGGCCUGGUUCUGAUGUCCAUGCCCUGUGUCCGGCUCGAAGACGAGAUCCCCGCCACCAAGAGACGUCGCGCUGUCCUGGGGUGUGCACUCCUCUUCAUCAUGGCCGUCUGCGGUUUGGUGUCCACCAUAUGGUUUCCUAUAGGCGCUCAUGCGGAGGAGGGUUUGAUGUCAUUCGGCCCCUCGCUGUAUGCCGGAUGGACCGCCUCAGUCCUCUGCCUGCUGGGGAGCUCCAUGGUCCUCUGCUGCCUUCCUAAAGACCCCUCAACGAGCUUCCAGUGGCGGGAAAACUACCACGCCAGGCCACCAGGGGCCACCAAAAGGGACAUCAGCCCUGCCGCUUCCAUGGUUGUCUCGGGCAACCACGCCAAGAGCGCGCUCGUGUGAGAACGUGCGCAAUGUGAGAGAAAGGGGUUGAGUUCCAGGCCAGUCGCAUUGCAGAUGACUGCCAGGGCGCACAACAUCCAGAUACCUAGGUCUUUAUCGUUUCGGUUAACCGGCUCACAUCCAUUGUGGGACCCACAAUCGUGGGUUCAUGCAGUGUGAUUUUGUCGGGCAGGAAAAGGAGAUGAGCUGCAGAACAACACAUUGUCAUCCACCGUUUG